GCAAAAUACUAAAUUUUCUGGAAAUCAUUUGUUUCUUCAUGUGCUCUUGUUAGGCUAAUGUGGAGAUCCCUGAAGUUUUAUCAUUUUACGGCCCAACAUGUGCAAUGUUAACGGAAGUGAAUAUGAUAUUGUGCAAGGAAAGUCUGUUACCAGCUCCACAGACCAACCAAGAGCUCAAAAAAUGGAGGGGGAUCGAAAGGAGAAGCUGCUGAAAACAGUAGAGGAAGAAGAAGGAGAAGAAGAAAAGUUGUCACUAUGGAAGAGGGUGUGGAAAGAGAGCAAGAAGAUGUGGAUUGUGGCAGGUCCAGCCAUCUUCAAUAGAAUCUCCACUUUUGGGAUCUAUAUUAUCAGUCAGGCAUUUGUAGGUCAUAUUGGAUCAAAGGAAUUGGCUGGUUUUGCUAUUGUUUACACUGUUUUCAUAAGGUUUGCUAAUGGUAUUCUGUUAGGAAUGGCCAGUGCAUUGGCAACACUUUGUGGACAAGCAUAUGGUGCCAAAGAACUCAGCAUGAUGGGGGUGUAUCUUCAAAGAUCAUGGAUAGUUUCAUUCUUAACUGCACUCUUUAUUCUUCCACUGUUCAUCUUCACAACCCCAAUUCUGAGGAUCUUAGGCCAAGACGAAAGCAUAGCCCAAGAGGCAGGAAUCAUUUCUCUUUGGUCAAUUCCUGUCAUGUUUUCUUUAUUUGUCUCAUUCACUUGCCAGCAAUUCCUGCAAUCUCAAAGCAAGAACAUCAUCAUUGCAUUCCUUGCAGCUUUCUCAUUAACUAUUCAUGUGAUCCUCUCUUGGCUUUUGACAAUUCAAUACAAGUUUGGGAUUGUUGGUGCUUUGACCUCAACAAGUUUGGCAUUCUGGAUUCCCAACAUUGGUAACCUUAUUUUUAUCACUUGUGGUUGGUGUCCUGAUACAUGGAAAGGUUUCUCAUGUUUAGCAUUCAAAGAUCUUUGGCCUGUCUUCAAGCUCUCUAUUUCAGCCGGCGCUAUGUUAGCUCUUGAGCUUUGGUACAACACAAUAUUGGUUCUAUUAACAGGCAACAUGGAAAAUGCAGAAGUUCAAAUUGAUGCUCUUUCCAUAUGCUUGAACAUCAAUGGAUGGGAACUGAUGAUAUCAUUUGGUUUCCUGGCUGCAGCAAGUGUUAGAGUGGCAAAUGAGCUUGGAAAAGGAAGCUCCAAAUCUGCAAAGUUCUCUGUGGCUGUAUCAGUGCUAACAUCCUUAACCAUUGGCUUCAUUCUCUUCUUAUUCUUCUUGUUCUUUAGAGAAAGACUUGCUUAUAUAUUCACCAAAAAUAAAGAUGUGGUCAAUGCUGUUGGGGAUUUGUCACCUUUGUUGGCAGUCUCUAUACUUCUUAACAGUGUCCAACCAGUGCUCUCAGGAGUUGCUGUGGGAGCAGGGUGGCAAAGCACUGUAGCACUUGUGAAUUUAGGGUGUUAUUACAUCAUAGGUCUUCCUGUAGGAAUUGUACUUGGUAAUGUUUUCCAUUGGCAAGUCAAGGGUAUCUGGGUUGGAAUGUUGUUUGGAGUAGCUAUUCAAACUAUAGUGCUGCUUAUAAUCUGCUACAAAACUGAUUGGGAUGAGCAGGUACUUAAAGCUCGUAAUCGUGUUAACAGGUGGUCUAAGGUGGAACCUGAUCAUAAUAAAUCAGAUAACUAGUUUCAAGCUCCUUAUUCCUAGUGAAUAUUUUGGAAAAUUUGCAUCUGAAAUAUAUCAAAAUGUAUAAAAAAUGUUUUAUGAAUUUGUGGGCUUGAUUUGUUUUCUAGAUGUUAUGUAGAUAAGAGACAUUGAUAUAUAGCUUGGUAAAUUAUUGCUCUUGAAUGUAAAAAUUGAAUUAUUUGAGUACA